UUAUUGUACCCGUUAAAUCAAAUCUUCCAGCACGUGAUAAAGGUGUGUUGUUGAAUGUCCAGAAUGUUCUUAUAUCUGUAUGAGAAAACAUGGUUUUCGAAAAGACUGGGAAAGUUACCAUAUCCGUAGUUGGGUAUCCAGGCUCAGGAACGGAUGUUCGUCAACAUGUUGGGAAAUCUUGUCUCAUAAACCGUUUUAUGGCCCCAUACAGGUUCAAUGAAAACCACUUGUCAAUUUUAAGUUUGUCAGAUUAUGAUAGUGAAGUCAUCUGUUCAAGCCACUGGCUAUAUUGGGGAGACAGUAGUGUGAAUGUUAACGGCUGUAAACUACAUAUCCAAAUAAUUGAGCAGUGUGACUUUGUGGAUGACCAUCUUUUCCAACCUCUUUUCGAACCCAGACCAUAUUCAGAACGAUGUUUGGACUUUAAAAUCACCUUGCAUUCAAGAAAGUUGUGUUACGUUUGUAAGGAGCAGCUUGGGCAUGAGUCGGCUUUUCCGCAGGUUUAUCUUGAACCCACCACUUUAUUUGUAGAUGUCUUCGUAUGUGUAUAUGACAUGUCAUUAUGUGGUCCUUCGGCUCUGCAACAGGCUGCCUUUUUAGGUCAUGUCAUCACUCGUCUUUCGUCUCUUAAGUUUCCAGUGGUUGUCGCAACAUCUAAACAUGAUAUGAAUGUUUCUAGUCAGGCCUCAACUCUCUUUAAAGAUACACUCAGUGGAUGUAAAAAACAUUGGAUGAAAAAUCUGUGUAUCGUAGAAACGUCUUCACGCCUAAAUGUAAAUGUCAAAACUGUUUUUCAAUGUGCUGCAGUUUUUGGACAUCACAAACGUGCUAAUAAGUACAAACUCCAUACUGGCCUUUUACGUUGUUCACUCAGAAAAUCAUCCAACAAAUGCAAACCAUUCCCUAUGUGUUUCGGAAAGUCAGUGUGGUCUAGUAUACGUUGGGUUCAAUAUGGUACCAGUUCAUGUGACACAAACGUCCAUUCAAUUAGCAGCGAAUCUCCAAAUGUUCGACAUGUACCUUAUUUUCCUCCACUUGUACAGUCUCUCACAUUUCCUAAACAGCAUAAUAAACUAAGAAUUCCUGAACGAAUCAUUUUACCACAGAUGAUUGGCGUAAACGAUCCAAAUAUUCCUAUCACAAACUCCAAUUCACCCUUGAAAACGAAAACCUAUCAAAUGAACGCAAGUCUAUUUCCUGAUACCCAUUUUCCUGAAAACAGUCCUUUUGUUCAAGAAAUAACUUUACCAAAAAUAAGUGAUGUAUGUGAUCUAUCUGUCUUACCAACUCCACCGCCUCUUCUUCUACCUGGUCCAUGCAGUCGAAGUUCUUUUGAACCAAUCAAUUCAUCUUCCAUUGAAACUCGUAAAUCAGUAGCACUUCCCGCCAAAUGUCCAGACUUAUCUCAUAACAUUCCUGCCGGAAAUCCGUUUGUAAAAAUCUAUGUACGUGGACAAACAGAAACCUCUAAUUGUGCCGCAGCAGCAAUGCGAGACCUUUGUCCAUUAGAAUUCUACAUUGAUAAAACUGGACGUCAGUUUCGUGUCAUAAUUCUUUCAAGUUCUUCUAAAAACCUUCGUAAUCAAACACCCAUUCUCAAUCCUUUGCCAUUCUACUCAGAUCCUCCUAAUCGUCGUCCAAAUGGUCUAACCAUUCAACCCGUUCAUAUGUCUCUGACAGCAUCACAGAUGUCAGCGUUCUCUGCCCCGAAUAGUAGUUCAUUGGGAAACAAUUUUGGUACUGCUGCUUAUGGUAAUCAUAAUAAUAACAAAGAUUGUAGUCCAAUUGUUGAUUCGGUACAGGAAAAUCUAACGUUAACACCAUUCAGCGUUGAUAAUUCAAUGCCUCCAAGUUCUUUCCAAAGUUUUAAGGCUAAUCACUUAAAUACUUUGACAGAAUAUUGUGUUUAUUUAUUCAUAUACAAGAAUAUUAACGAGCUUUUAGAAUGUUGUGAACUAAUUAAACAUGAAUCAUCAAUUUCCACUGUCCAAAAACCGAUAAAAGUUUUGGCUUAUUUAUACUGCAGUAAUUAUGACGCACUUGAAGAAAGAAAUGUAAUCCUCUCUGGACUAAUGGCUUCAUCCCGUUUUAGAAUACCUUAUUUGGCUGUAAAUUCUGAAUCAGUAGCAGUGUUUCUGGAUAAUCUUCUCUUCUUAACAACUAAUACCCAGAUAGAAAAAGAUCAAACAACAUAUACUUCCAAUUCUAAUAUUUCUUUUAUUGACUGGAGAAGUUUCAUAAAUGUUGAUUAUUUAUCCAUUCUUACAGAAUUCAUUUGUCUAUCAGAAAAGUUUAUGGAUAAGCUAAUUACAGAAGAUAAAUUCCAAUUUGUCGGAUUAUUAACAGCGUUAAUCCUGUCAAACUGUAAUAUAGUAUCCGGUUGUACUGAUUCACAUAGUACAAACCGCAGAUUAUUCUCUUUACCUUCAACAAUUUAUCGCGAAGAUCCGCAAUCGUAUUGUAAAAGUAAAAAGAAUUCCUCAUGCAUUUACGUGCAUUUUGUACAAUUGGACGAAGUUAUUGAAUCCGUUUUAUGCCAGUCUCCUACGUUCUCAACGGCUUAUAGUCCUCGUGCCCUACUUAUCCACUAUUCUUCAUCUUCCUGGUCCGAAGUUGGAAUUGAUAUUGAAGAUUCUCUCAAUAAACUUUGCUCUGCAUUUGAUUUUAAUACUUUUAGUGAAUAUAAAUUCACUCCAGUGAUAUUACUUGUCGCGUUUCACUCAGGAUCUUCUCAACAAAUCCCUGUAGAAGCUGAAGGCAUUAUCCAUGGGUUAAAACUUAUUCAACGCUUAGCACAUGACUAUAGUUGCCCACUUCUUUUACCAUCAUCAGAAUACGAACCAGUGAAAGUCCAAUUUAGAAAAAAUUCAAUCUCUUCUGGUGUGUCUACAGAAUGUGAAAGUGACCACAUGAACAUGUGCGAAAAUAGUCAGUCUAUAAAAGAUAGUGCAAAAUUUUCAUUGGGUUUUUUAUCUGUUUCUCGGUCGGAUGAUGUAAGAGCUGAACUGUACAAACGCAUUUUUGACGGAGAAUUCAGCAGUUGGUACUCUAGUUUCGAAAUGACUAAAAAUCUUUCUGAUAACUCGGUUUGUUCUAACGUCGUUGCCAUUAAUAACAAUUAUUUCUCAAACACACACACAUCAAAAUGUUCAACAUCCUCAGAAAGUCCCACCGAAAAACCACAAUUUGCGCUUGAUUCUCAAAAUGUGAGCUCUGUCUGUUCAUCAAUCCUCCAUAAUCCACCAAACGAUGUAAUUACACUUCCUUGGCUUCCUCUUAGUCCAUCUGAUGCAUUUUGUUUCCAGAGUUUAAGGUCACUUCCAACUCAAAACUCUUUUUCUAGAACUCUUUGUCUGGAAACUACUCAUGCAAAUAUUCGGACGCUUGACAAUCAUAGGCAACUGUUUCGAUCAAAUAUACUCAAUUCUACAGAGUGUGGUAUCUUACCUUCGACAAUAUGUGAACAAAUGUGUCAGAUGUCUCAGGCUGGUGUAUUUUGUUCAGUAUGUCCACAGUCAUGUCCCACAGCUGUUCCUUUACCCAGUAUUAACUCUUCUGUAGAAGAGUAUUACGCCGAACUUCCCAAAGUAACUCAAUCAGUUACUUUAGAACUGGAUUCACGUCGUCCUCAUCCUAAUCGACCUAAAAGACCUCAUCCAUGUACCGAUUCCGCUCAUUCUCAUUCACCGUCUCCGUUAUUAUCUAACGACCAAAAUUUAUUACCAACAACCACAGCUUUCAAUCAGUCGAUAAAUGACCUGUGUUCUAAAAAUGAUCUGUCCCAUAUUAACGGUCACCAAACAUUAGAUAAUGGUUCAACCGUUUAUGCUGAAGUUAACGAUGCCUUCGUUUACAAAACACUUUCUCAUUGUUCUUCAUCAGGUUUUAUUCCUACCAAACUAUCCUCACAUAUAGAUCAUUAUGAAUUAACAGAUUCUGUACAGCAACUUAAUAAUUUAACUUUGUAUCCGAAUUUUUUAAAUUCUCCGUACACCUCCAAAAUCCGUGAUAAUACUCAUGUACAUGGUAAGUCUUCUAAAUCCUAACAUUUUACUGUUGUCCAGUUCGUGUGUAAUUAGUGUUUUAAACCUUUUUUCUAUAACAUUAAGUGAUUCUAGACAUCAAAAAGCAAAACAUAUUUCCUGUUUUUUAUAUUUUAAAGAGCUCUACAGUUAAAAAUAUGGCACCACCCUUUUGUUUAUUAAUAAACGUUCAGAACUCUGAUCCAAACAUAAAAGAAAAGACUGGUUUAUAUAUAACAUUUCGUAGUUAGUCUUUCGAUACUAUGUGUAAACCAUUAUAUAAAUACUUCAAAAUUGACGUCGGUAAACAUCAUAACAUACAAAAUCCGAAAUGCUAAAAAAUGUACGGUUCACCUAUUCCUUUGGACGAAGGUACAUGAGCUGCGUGUAGUUAAUACCCGCUUUCAUCACGAAUAUAAGAAGAUAUUCCCCCUUGGUUCUACAAAUAUGAAAGGAGGGUGACUAGGAGUUCUGUCCUUGAUCGUAAUUAUUUAACCAAUCUACAUUGAUUUUAAUUUUACUUUUAAAAUCCUUCUUUACAGAAUCAUACUUUCAUAAAUAUGUUUAUAUAUCUUGAUAAUAGAUUCGUUGGCAAGAGAUCUCUUCAUUCAAUUUUGUUUUCAAUGUUCUUAUAUGAAUUGUAAAAUUACGGAUAUUGAUGUUGGACUCAGGAAAACUCAUAACAUUGUUCAAAACUACAUUGUAUCAUCUCGACUCAUUUUCUUUAGACUUUCUCAGCUGGGUUCAUUUCUCGAAUUAAUGCAUGCCUUAGUUUGAGAAACGCUAUUCAUUAAUAUUUAACAGCUGAUAUGUACUCACAAAGAUAUCGUUUAUAGGAUUGAUAUCCCUUUCAUUUGUUUUUAUACUUUACUAGUGGAAUAUAAAAUAAUUAAGCUCCACUAUUUGCAUCAUUAAUCAAAUAGACGAUAGUUGAUUGCAUCCGACAUGAACUCUAGUUAUUUCACACGGCUUUCUUUCAUACCUUGCUCCAGUCCUGUAUCCCACUUUCUUCUUGUUACUAGAACUUCAAUAUGAUAUCGUGUCUCAGAGAUUUCGCAAACAGUAUUUUAAUCACGAUUUCUCUAACAUUACAACCAAAUUUUUUAUUAUAAGGGUUGUGACUACUGUUUUUUUUCAGUAUCAUUACAGAGAUAUUAUUUGAAACACAAGAUAAGUGAAGAAAUAUUUCUCUUCACUUAGUUCCUUAUUAAGGUUCCAUAAUAAUAUGUAAGUUUUACAGUUAAGAAUAAAAUCAAUACCAAUUAAAUGGUGAUCGGUCACCUUAACGAUUUUUUCUUUUAAACUAAUCAGUUAAAAGCUCAUUAAAUGUGAUUCUUUCUUUCCUUUGUCGCUACUAAAAUUCAGGCUCCCUUGUUUUAAAUAAUACACGCGAAAUGUGCCAUUCAAACUCAUCGCGUGUGAAUCCAUUAUCGAAUAUCUUUUCGCAAUGUAAAGCUUCUGCUGAUACUUCCUUUGGAAGACCUAGAUUGCAGUUUAAUCCGAGACAUACAGACUUACCAGCUCUGCCUUCGAACGAGAUUUCAACCUCCAUAUCAACUCAUUCAGAUUUAAAUUUCUCGUCGCUUCCUUUUCUUUGUAUGCCUACUCAAGCGACACGUUCCGUUUUAUGCCCCUCUUAUUCCAACAGUUGUUCCACCCCAUUAUGUUCUUGGUCUACAUGUAAACAGCGCGCGGUAAAUUUCAGUAGGUUUUCGAGAGUACCAAAUGUUUCAGUUUCUGGCAUGCAGUGUGUUCCAAAUACUUUUCAUCUCAAAUCUUCUACGUUUGUUGGACCUGUGAUGCCCAUAGAAGUCCCGUGCGAAUCUCUCCCUGUUUCUCAGUUGAAUCAAAAAAAAAAAUUGACUUAUGUUGUUGAUUCGGCUGUCACUAACGUAUCACCUGUUACAUCCGACUUGUCAAUUAAUCGAAAACGAUUUCCACGGAAUAUUUUAUCCAGUGCUAUAAAGCGAUAUAAUAUUUGGUCACGAUAUAUGUUGAACAAUAGUCAUAAUUCAAAAACUUAACUAUGUAUGCAAACAACAUUUACUGGAAUUUGUUCAUGUUAACAAAUACUGUGUUCUAACCAAAUAUUAUUCAUUAAAUUGUAUAAUGAUGAAAUGACUUCGUCGUAAUUAUCAGCUUCUAUAGAUCAGAUUGAUCUUUUUAACGAAUUUAUUAUUGUGUUAUAAUAUGAAUUUUUAAUGCCAGAAUUAUUCUCAUUAUAUUACGAGAUAACUUUACAUGAUCAUAUUACUUAAUCUAUUUUUUUAAUUAUGUUUACUUAUUAAUGACACUUUUCAAGUGUCACCUUUAUAUUCUAUAUUAACAUCAAUAUUGUUAACAAUAUUGCUAAAUCACUUCAUGUAUUAUCUAUUCUUUCACUUUUAUUCCCAUUGCAAAGUAAUCUUUUCAACACAUUAGGAAAUAAUUUAUUUUAAAUAAACUAUUUUGCGAUUUUUUUCUUAUUC